UAAGAAAUAACGAGAGAAAAAUUCUGGGGUUUAGAGGAGAAAAGGGGAGAAAGGGUGGGUAUUGCUUCACACAAACACAACAGUGUCUGCUGCACCUUGCAAUGGUUUCGCUAUCAACAUGGUUUCGCUACAUUGCCCACAAGCUCGAAUACUCCUUCUCCCUCAGCUGGAAGAACUACAAAGGAGGUCAAAUUACAGACAGAGAGGUACGUGAUGUUGUUUGGAAAAACUUCUUUCAAGGAAAGCUGACGUACUUGCACUGGAAUAAAGGAGAGGAGAUGGCCCCUACUAUUGAUGGAAAAGCAGUAACUCUUGUUCGGAAAUUACCAGUUGUAGACCCAACGCGUGUUUUUGUAGGAGAUGUUGUGGUUGUGAAGGACCCUGAGAAGCCAGAUAACUACCUACUCAGAAGAUUAACUGCAGUUGAAGGCUAUGAAAUGGUUUCUACUGAUGAAAAGGAUGAAGCCUUUGUUCUCGAGAAGGAUCAAUGCUGGGUAGUGGCUGAAAAUGAAAAAUUGAAAGCCAAGGAAGCGAAGGAUAGCCGAACAUUUGGUCCAGUUCAGAUGACAGACAUUGUAGGCAGAGUCAUAUAUUGCCUGCGAAGUGCUGUAGACCAUGGCCGGGUACAAAACAGUUAUUUCGGCAUGCGAAAGGAUACACCAGUGCUGGAAGUGGAACUUGAUGUUGAUGAGAUGGCAAAGAGUCACAAAGCCUGAAACAUUUGUCCCGAGAAACACUAACUAGUUUGCUUUACGCAUGCCUUAGUUUCUUCUUGUGGAUUUUCCUUGAAGCACAGAUUGAAUAAUAAAAAAUAUGAUUUUUAAAUUGUUGCAAUGGGAUGAUGGUGUUAUGUGGAUGUCCUCUGCAUGCUAGGCAAUUGGCUAGCUCUUCCCAAGCAGAAAUUGGAAGCGGUCUGUGUUAAAGCUUGAGUUCGACAUUAUUGUAUGCUAAGUUCUAGCAAGGACUCCUCUGCCCUUUGUUCUAUUCAUAUUUGGCUGUAAAAUUGACCGAGUUUUGGUCAUUUUUGUUAAUAGUCGAGGAUGAUAGAAAAAAAGGCUGCAUUGUUAGAAAUAAUAGUUUCAGAUAUUUUCAUUUUAUGAAGACCUAGUGCCUCGACUGAGUGUUCACUUCUUGCCAAUUUGUCUUUCUAGGGAACAAUCGUUGAUAUCUGUUCUCUUUA